AUGGCAAAUAUUGUUCCAAUAAUAAGGAAUACUGAAAUAAAACCUUUAUUCAAAAAUAUAGAAAAUAAUAUAAAUAAAACAACCAUUAUGGAAGAUAUAGACAGAAAUGAAAUAAAAAACAAAGAAUCCUUUCAUUUUGGGCCAUUAAACACCAAAGGACUGACCCUAGAUAUGAAGUCUCAUGUAAUCUCAACUAAUUUUAACCAGUUGGAUAUAUUAACUGAAAACACAAACAUACAAACUAAUUCAUGUUACAAACAUGUUAAAGAAAUGCACAAAUGUCGAAAUUGCAGCAAGCAAUAUAAAAAUAAGAAGUCACUGACACUGCACAUGAAGUUACAUACAUUACAAAACAUAUUCACAUGUAAAAUUUGUACAAAGGUGUUCACAAUAAAACGUAAAUAUGAGAUUCAUAUUCUUAGUCAUUCUGGAGUGAAAUUGUAUUCAUGUAAAACAUGCGAGAGAAAGUUCACUGCAAAACACUCUCUGGAAACUCACAUGCACAUUCAUAGCGGGUAUAAACCAGUCCAGUGUGAAAUAUGUGGAAUGAGAUUCUCCAAGAAGAGCUCUCUUCACAGGCACUCCCUUAUCCAUAGUGGUGUAAAGCCAUACAAUUGUAAAACAUGCAACAAGUCUUUCACGCAGAAAAUACAACUUUCAAACCAUGAGAAGACUCACAAUGGUAUCCGACCAUACGUCUGUGCUAGUUGUGGAAAGAGUUUUUGUAGAAAAGAUGUAUUAAAUGUGCAUAGUAGGGUUCAUUAUAAUGAGUUACGGAAAGUGAAAUAA